CGCAUUGGGGGUGUGGCCACGGAGAGACAGUGGCCAAUGGUAGAGAGGACCAUGGACAGAGCCAGAGCAAGGGCCAGGGAGGUUGAGCGGUGAAGACCGCAGCCGCUGGUGGCGGUUGAGGACCUCUGACCACCGUAGUGGUCCUAACGGUUACUCUGAAUCAUAACCGGUACGUGAGCCGCCACCAAAGUCCAAUUUCGACAUGAUGAUGGAAGAUCCACAGAGCGAGCAUCAGCGAAUGGUGCGCCGCCACCACCGUGAGAAGAAAGAGCUGAAGGCCCAGAUCCAGGCCAUGAAGAACUCGGUGCCCAAGAAUGACAAGAUGAGGAGAAAGCAGUUACUCCUCGACGUGGCCCGCCUUGAGGCCGAGCUGGAGCAGAAGCACCAGCAGGAGCUGGAGAAGUUCCAAGAGAACUUCCCUGACAACAGCAGCCAAGUUGACUCCGUCGCCGAAGACCUGGCCAAGAUGGAUCUGGAGAACCAGCCCCCCCAUCUGACCCGGGCACAGAGAAGGCGUGAGCGGAGGGCAGCCCUCGAGAGGGAGCGGCUGGAGAGGAUCGCUGAGGCCGAAACAGAGGACCUGGCCAGCUUCCGCCACGAGGAGGAACAGAAGCUGGCCGCCAUCCUGGGGGCCAAGAACCUGCAGAUGAAGGACAUCCCUGCCGACGGCCACUGCAUGUACCGCGCCAUCCAAGACCAGCUGGUGUUUGCUGUGACCCUGGAGUGCCUGCGGGGCCGCACUGCAGAAUACCUGCGAAAGCACGUCGACGAGUUCCUGCCCUUCUUCAGUGACCCCAAGACUGGCGACGGCUACAGCCUUGAAGCCUUCAUGGGCUACUGUGACGACAUCGUGCGCAGCGCGUCGUGGGGCGGCCAGCUAGAACUCAGGGCCCUGUCGCACGUCCUGCAGACCCCCAUCGAGGUGAUCCAGGCCGACUCGCCAGUCGUCGUCAUUGGGGAGGAGUACACCAAGAAGCCUCUCGUGCUCGUCUACCUGCGCUAUGCCUGCAGCCUCGGAGAGCACUACAACUCGGUGAAGCCGCUCGAUGCCUGUGCCAUCGGGGGUGCACCGCGGCUCUUCUAGGCCCACCCGGCCUUGCUGCUCAGGUCCCAGGGAUGGAAGCUGCCACCACAUCUCCCCAGUAGGCUCCAUGUGUCCCCUGUUUUCUCCUUCCUUGUACUCCAAUUUCACUUACCCUGCUACUCCAAGCCCACCCACCCCCAAUCCCACUUCCCUACCUCGCCAUUCUAAUCCCCUGGCUCUCCAUCCUGGCUCUGGCUUCUGCCCAGGUGCGCUGGGAGGUGGGGUGGAGUGAGUGACACAUCCACCCUCCGGGAAAUCUCCGCCCAGUUCUCCCCCAUGGGAGUAAGUUUGAUAAGUGCUAACCAACCACUUCUGCUCUCCCUGCCCAGAUAAGCACUAGUCCCGUUGCUAAUUAAUAAAUUGGGGGUGAAAAAUGUAAAUAAGGCCGGAUGCAUUCACCUGGGGGAACAUCAGUUUAGUUUGGAGGCUUCCGAUUGUCCCAUGAAUAUAUUGGAUUUCUUAGCUACAAGUUGGAGUUUCUGUGAUCAGAAGUGUCUAGUGAAUGCCUUUUGCUUAGUUCUUUGAAAAAAUGUUGUCAUGGGCUGGGUGGGGAUUUGCUAUUUGCUGUUCUACUCUUGGAAGCGUCUCAAAUUACAGCGAAAGCUCCCAGAGUACUUUUGGUUUCUUCUUCAUAAAGAUGUGUGAUUCCAAAUUAACUUGUAUUGCUUAGAUGUUUGCUAUAUUCUAAAUAAUAGAUUUUUAAGAAGUUUGUUCAGUUUGGAAGUUAAAUGUUUUCAGUAUAGAAAGGAAAUUUACAGAAAUUGAUAGGCUACAUAAGGUUUACUCUGACAUUUGAAUGAUCUCAACAGUUUCCUUUAUUAAAGAUGGGGCAGGAUAUGUCUUGAUUCUAGUAGUAGUGGAUCCAUUUCAUUAUUUCUACAAUUGUAAAGCAAAAAGAAACAAACUGAUAUAGUUUCAAAGGUGAAGAUAUGAACUAGCAACUUUCCUAUAUUUUCAGAGACAUGAAAGAGUAUGACUUUAUUCAAGUAGUUGGUCCACUUUGUUAUAAUUACCACUGGUAUGAAAUGUGAUAGAUCUGGAC